GAUUCACACAGUUUGGUUCUUUUCAACCAACUCUGUCCACACGGACAAUCAACGAGUACCGUUUCCUGGUGGAACGUCGCGUAUAUAUAUUCGUCUUGACCAUCUUCAACUGUUGAUCGCCAUCGAUAUUUUCCAGUUGUCAACUCACACUCCUUCUCAACUCCCUCAUUUCUAUUAUCAUGCCCCGCCGCCCACCUCCAAGUGCACUCAGACUCUUCCAUGGCCCGCUCCCACCUCGCUCGGAGCCCAAGCACAGACUGCCGUCCGUGCCAUCUCCAACAUUUUAUCCUCAGGGGGCUCUCCCCCACCAGCCAUCGCCCCCUCCACGCGCCAAGCCCAGUUCUACACGCGUGGCAUGCUCUGAGCUCGAUACUAGUAUGUGUGGACCGAGUCCGACAUCCAGUCCGUGCUCGACCACCAAACGUCGGAGGGGACCUUGGGAUCACUCUUCGAGCCUCGAACUACGCGUAGAUGUGGACAGUCUGCUGGCUGUGCCAAAGCCUGUUGUUGUCUGUGCGUAGACGGCCUGGAGCCUACAUAAUGCGAUUUCACGUCGGAGGCAUGGGAUCGAGACACUUGACCUGUGGUACAUUCUGUGGAGAAGCAAAAUAUCGUCAUGGUUGGCAUGGCAUCGGUCAUCGGGGGUGUCUAGUUUGCUGAGAGAUGGGGUUGUACGAUCGAAUACAUUGUGCCUUGCGCCGAGAGACUAAUUCCGAAUUCCAUGUAAAAUGACUACAUAAAGCAAGUCGAAUAAAAAGGGAGCGAGAGUGGCGUGGGG